AUGAUAAAUAUUCAUGUUCAGACUCUUCUAAUAAUUCUUGUUUGGAAUUCUGAUUGUCAGAUUAUUCCCAGGAUUGAAGAAUGUGGACUUUCAUGUUCUCAGGGGAUUCACUGUAAAAGCAAACCUUCCAGUGGUAUUUUUAACAGCUUCUGCAAUGAUGCUCCUGCAUCCUUAUCCUCUAUGGUAAUGAAAAGCAUGAAGAUCGCAACAGUGAUGAAAUGUGUCCAAGGAACCCAGUGCUCUCUUCAUUUAAGUGUUAAAGGAACGCUGAGUCUGGAUGAAAAUAUUCGUGGCCUGGAAAUAUGUUCUCUUUCGCUGGACACACAGCAAUCUCAGUGCACAAAUGUGAGGUUUGCUAGGAAAAAAAGCAAGAUGCUUAAUGGAAAGAAGGUACAGGUACAAUUCAACUGCUUUGAAGUCAACGUAGCACAGCACAUCUACGUGACUAUGAAAACAGUACCAAAUUACUGUGAAGUAAAAUUGAGUCAGGAAUACUAUGUUGAAGACUGCAGAAACAAUGAUGUGGGAAAAUAUAUUCCAGCCUGUUUGGGUGGAAAGUUAGAUUAUAACAUAGACUGGGCAAGGAAAGUCAUAUCAGUGAAUGUAUCUAACUUUCUUCAAGAUCAAGAUUAUUAUGUUCGCUUAUGUCACAAAUGGUUUACCUGUGAAGAUGUAGGGGCAUUUGCUGUGAUAAAAGGGAAGGAAUCUUUAAAAUCAGUUUCUCUGAAAUAUUCUCAGCUACUCCCUUGUCUUUGCAUUGAGGGUUGGUUGGCAAUUCCAGAUGCAAGGAGGACACAACUUUGCCCCUUUGAAAACGAUACGAAGGUGUUAUGGGAUGAUAUUGUUUAUAAUCCAGCCACACAAACCCUAGCUUGGAAGCCAGCCUGUCCUGUGUUUGUCACGGUUAACCUGUGCAGGUUAAUGAAGUCUAACAACCACUGUGAAGAUAUACAAAACACUUCCAAAAAUUCUCCUGAGAAAGUUAAAUAUUCUCGUGUGGACACUCACCCAAGGCUUUGCAUGAAGUUUACAACCAAACUAGGCUCUUGGGUUAAAUGUCCAUUCGCUCAUGGAAGAUUCCCAGCUUGGAAAAUGAGAACUGCUGCAGUGGCAGAACAAGUACAAGUUUUCUUCACGUCCCGAACCAGAGCACAAUUCUUAGUGCUUGUGUGUAACAGGACGCAGCUGGCCUCAUGUGAAUCUGUUGGGAUGCGCCAUUCAGUCUCUGUGGGCUGGAGGACAGAUGUAGAUUAUUCAGUUCCACUACAGAUCUGUGAUAUCCACUGUGGUUUUCACAGACAGACAUACAGUGAUGGAAGUCCAGCAAAGGCCAUGAUACACAGAAUGAAGAGUGUGCAUUCCUUGCCCUGA